UGUAUUAUUUUGUUAACCACACCAUCUUUACAACUACCUAGCCGUCCAAAAUCAGCAGGUGUUCCUACAUCUGGACUUAAUUUAUAUAUUUUAUCAUUAGAAGAUAAACAACCAAUUACAAAACCAUUUCAAUUUGGUGAGAUUGUAGUUAAACUGCCAUUAACACCUUUUCAUAUUCAAGAAUUAUUAUAUGAUGAUGAAGAUCGAACAUUGUUAAAUGAAAAAUAUUUAAAAAAAUAUCCAGGGUAUUUCAAUACUGGUGAUUUAGGUUACUUUGAUAAUGAUGGAUACUAUUAUGUUGUAUCAAGAGCAGAUGAUGUUAUAAACUCAGGUAAUGGUUUAAUUUACAAUUCAUUUUUUGAAGAUGCUAUACAACACAAUGAAAAGGUAUUUGAUAAUGUUGUUGUCCCAGUGACAUCAGAUGAUCCAUCAAAACAAGAUGCAGUUGCAUUUAUUAUUUUAAAUGAUAAAUUUAAAAAUGAAUAUGAUGAAAACCCAAAACAGUUUUUAAAUACCCUCAAAAAUGAAAUCAAUAAUUCAAUAGUUUUUGAUUCCGUAAUUACUGUUGAAAAGAAUGCUUCAAUUAAACACGUCGUUGUACUUUUUGAUAUUCCCAAAUCAGUUAGUAACAAAAAAAUCAGACCUUUAUUAGCUAAAAUGUUUGAAGAAAAGGAAUAUGCUAUACCUUCAUCAAUGAUGAACACUCAUUUAUUACCUCAAUAUGAAAACCAAAUAAAAUUCUAUAAAUCACUCUAA